ACACGCUGCGACUUUGGUUUUAAUAUAAGUUCUAAGCUGAGAUCAGUUAGCUUUUGACUACCGCAUGUUAAACUUGCUUAAAAUUUAAUAAUAUUUUACGGUUGUUUAUUUAAUUAUUUAACAUCUAUUUUUCUACUAUUAUUUUGUUAUCAAGUUAUAUUUUUUUAAUAAAAAAUUAGUGUUAACCAAAAUUUUAAAUUAAAUUGUUGAAUGUUUUUUAAAGUGCGUAUAAAGUUUAUUGUGGAAAAUGGGACAAACUAGAAGAUUGGUUAAAAAACGUUUAUUUUUUACAAAAAUAAUGCUUAAAAAAAUUAAAAUAAUUGAAUAAUUAUUUAAUAAUAUUAUAUACAAACUUUAUAUAUAUAUUUUUAAGCUUAUCUUCUUUUUUUUUUUUUGUGAUUUGUACUUUGUUGAAACUGUGAAGAAGAUGUGCAGCUGCAAAUGUUUUUUUUAUUUAUUUUUCUCUCUUCAAACGAGAUAAAGGGAUACUUGAAUUGAAUUUACGAGUAAUAUCAUAGUGGUCAUACGGAAAUUGUGGAUAAUAUUUAGACUAAAGGGGAAAAAUUUUUAUAUAAAUUACAAUUUCCCGUGAUAUGGAUUGAGAAUAUUUUUUUACUCGUUAUAUAUUUUUUUUGUGUGUAAUAAUCACUAAAUGAUAAACUGUUGAUCUUCUUGUUAAACGAUAAAAACAAUAUAAUAUUUAAAUAAUAUUAAAUCAAACAAAAAACAACGAAAAAAAAAUAAAAACGUGCCAAAUAAUUGCAGUAUUAAUAAUUACUCUAAAUAAAUAAAUAAUUACUAUUUGCAAAGACUUUUAAUAAGAAAUAAAAAUGUUUUUCGGAGGGUAUGGUUUUCAUGGACCAUCAUCACCAACAACACCAACAUCACCAACUAAAACUGGACUAUGGGGUAAUAAUCCCACUAGUCCUUUUCGAACUACCCACAUGCCACUUCAGGAGAUCACAAUGAACCAGACAUAUUUUCCAACUGGAACUUCAAGAUCACCUGGAAAAGCCUCGGCUGGAUCGAGUGCUUUGAAUGGUGGAAGAACAAUGAAGGAUUAUGAAGAUCAAUUAGGAGCACUUCAAAAAGAAAAUUUUAAUCUUAAACUUCGUGUUUAUUUUCUUGAAGAAAAAAUGAAUAUAAGUUCAGCUGAUGAAAAUUCAGUUAAAAAUAAUAUUGAGCUUAAGGUUGAAGUUGAAUCAUUAAAAAAAGAGCUUCUUGAGAAGCAGGAACUUCUUAGUCAAGCAGCAAAAGCAUUUCAACUUCAUGAAGAACAAAAAGAAGCAUCAGCUCGUGAUCAAGCUCAAUAUCAACAAUCACUUGAACAACAAAAACAAAGAAUACAAGAUCUUGAACAUGAACUUGAAGAUCUUAAAGAGAGAACAAUAAAUCCAUCAUUGUAUUAUGAAACGACAUUUGGAAUAACACCAGAAUCAGCAAUUGAAAAUAGAGAAAAACUUCAACAAUUACAAGAAUUUGUUGAAUCACUUGAAGCUGAAGUACGACAAUUAACAUCAAGUCUCAAUGAAGAACGUACAUGGGGACAAGAAAUUGAAAAUGAAAGAGAUGAAUUAAAAAAACGUCUUGAUAAUGAAAUACGUAUACGUGAAAAAAUAACAAUAGCUCGUGAUGAUGAUAAUGAAUUAUUAAGAACAAAAAUUAAAGAACUUGAAGAUAUUGGAUUAAAAAGAGAAACAUUAUCACAACAAUAUAAAAAUGAAUUAGCUGAAAAAGAUAGAAUUAUCAAAGAAAAAAUUUCACUGGUUGAAGAAAAAUAUAAAGCUUGUGAAGAACUUGAAUCAGUUACUGAAAAACGACAAAAACAAAUUGAAUAUUUGAGAGCAUUAAUUAAAGCAAAAGAUGAAACAAUAACUGAACUUACUAAUAAAAAUCGAUUACUUCAUACUAAGCUUGAAAGCAGUUUAACACGACGCUUAUCACCACCAGGCAGUCCUGUUGGAUUGGGUGAUACAUCUUCGUCAUCAAGAUCAAGUCAAAGAUCAGCUUUUAUUGGUAAUUCACCAAACAGUUUACCAGCUCCAUUUAAUUGGGAUGGUAAUCAAGAAAAAAUUGGUAGAAUUUCACCUCAAAUUACUAAUGAUGCUGAUGAUAAAAUUAAAAAUUUAACAAAGGAACUAGAAGAACGUAAUUGUGAGAUAAAAAAACAAGAAGAUUUGAGAAAACAAUUAAUGAUUAAAUUGUGCAAUGUUGAAGAGUCAUCAUCAACAAGUGAAAAAGAACUUAAAAAAAUUAAAUUAGAUUAUGAAAAAGCAUUACAAUCAAUUCAAGAUUUAGUUGAACGACAAAGUAAAUCUGAAGAUAAACAAAAUAGAAAAGAUAGAAAAAUUGUUGAAUUACAACAAGAAAUAAUGAAACUUCGUAGUUUAGAAAUUAAAAGAAUUAAAUCAGCUCAAUUAUUGACAACUGGAAAAACAACAAACAAUGAUAAUUUGAGUGAAAAUAAUCAGCAGCGGUUUGAAGACAUGGAAAUAAUGAUUAAUGAACUUCGUAACGAGAUUGAAAAUAUAAGAACAGAAAAAAAUGAGCUGGAAAAACAAAUUCACAUUGAAGCUGAGGAGCUUCGUCAUGAAAGCCAAGAAAAACAAAAAAUGAUUGAUUAUCUUGAGAAAGAACGUGAUGAAAUAAAGCAGAAUUUAAUUGAAAAAGAUUCUGAAAUAUCAAGACUGAAAAUAGAUUUUAAUUUCUUGGAUAAUGAACUUCCACAAUCAAUUGUUGCUGAAGAAAAAGAAAGAUUAGAACAAGAACUUCUUAUAAUGAGCAAAGAAGUCGAAGAAAAAGAUAAAAAAAUUGAUCAAUUAUCAAAAGAACUUGAUAAAAAAACUCAAAAUCUUCAGCAACUUGUUAAUACUGAACUUUGGAGUAAAAAUAAAGAAAUUGCUAAAUUACAUAAUCACAUGACAGCAAAUCAAACACAAUCAAUAAAUUCACAGCUUGAUAUACUCCUAAAUGAAUUACAAAAAAUAAAAAUUAACGUAAAAUUCAUAGACAACAAUGUUGAAUUAAAUUAUGAAAAUGAUAAAAAAGAUUUAUUAAAUAUUGAAACAAUGGAAAAUUAUAUAGAACAAUUAACAAUUAAAAAAUUACAACUUGAAAAAGAUGUUGAAUAUUUUAAAUGGAUAAAAUUAAUAUCCAAAUCAGAUGAUGACGAUAAUAAUAAUGAAUAUUUUGAUUUAAAAAAUAAUAAUAAUGUAAAAUAUUGUGAGCUAUUAAAAAAUCAUAUGACGGAUUUGAUGAAAUUUAUGAAAGAAAUGAUUAAAAAAUCAAAUUAUUCAUCAACAAAUGAGUAUAAAAAAAUGAUUCUUGAUUUACUUGUUGGAUCAGAAAUAUUAUCUGAAGAUUUUGUAAAUGCAUUAAAUGGAAUAACAGUAAAACAAUUAACAAUGGAAGAUAUAUGUACAUGUAAAGAUCAACAAUUAAUUGAUAAAACAUGUUCAAUUGUUGGUGAUGAUUUACCAGGUUCAGCACAAUCAGAUUCCGAGUCAUUUUCUGAACCAGAUAGAAAAGUAUCACUUGCUAGAAUUGGUCUACAAGAUGUACAAAAAAAAUCAUUACAUCGUUCACGUUUUACAAAAUGUACAAAACAAUUUAGUGAUUCAGAAGAUUCAAUUGAUUAUAUACCAUAUCAUAAAACAUUUCAAAAUGAUUUAAUUGACAUUGAUGCUAGUCAUCAAAUACAAGAAUUAAAAGAGACAAAUGGUAUAUUAUACAAUGAAUUAAAUGAGCUACAUAAUGAAUUAUUAGCUAAAAAAAUUGAUGAAAAUUUAAUUAAUGAAAAAUUACUGCCAAUAAUAAUGAAGCUAGAAAAAUCACAAGAUUAUUGUCAAAAAUUACAAAUAACAUUUGAUAAAAAAAUUAAUGAUAAUACAUUAUUUAUUAAAAAUAAUAAUAAACAAAAACAACAAUUUGAUAAAAAAUAUAUUAAUAUUGAUAAUAAUAAAGAUAUUAAAGAUAAAAAAACAUAUGAAUUAAUAACAUUAUUAAAUAAAGAAAAUGAUUUAUAUAAAAAACGUAUUACCAAAAUUGAUAAUGAAUAUAAAUUAUCAAAAGAUACAAUAACAACAUUAACAAAAGAAUUAGAUCGUUUGACAUUAUCACAUAGUCAAGUAUUAGUUGAAAAUACAAAAUUAACAAAUGAUAAAUUACGUCUUGAUCAACAAAUAAGAAAAUCAGAAAAUAAAUAUGAUUUAAUUAUAAAUAAAAUGCAAGAAAAAUUUGAUAAAGAAUUAUCUGAUUUAAAUCAAAUUAUUGAUUCACACAGAGUUAGAAUAUUUGAGUUAGAAAAUAUAAAUAAAGAAUUAAGAAGACAAGUUGUUAUUUGUGAAACAAGUGAUUCAGCACCAAGUUCAAGUGGUAUAUCAUCAAUACCAGCUGAUAUUAAUAAACAAUCAUCAAGUGAUGUAUUACAAAAUUAUAAUAAUUAUCGUGGUUCACAAUAUUGGAUGACAAUGAAUUAUCAAUUAUCAAAUGGAAGAAGUAAAUCAAGUUGUUCACCUGAUCUUGGUAUUGAAAGUGAUGCUGCUGUUUCAACAACAAGACCACUUAAAGAUACACUUAAAAUUACCGAAUCAAUGACAAAUUUAUUGAGUGAUGAAGAAAAUUGUAAUAAUGAUAAUCCAAAUUCACAAGAUCUAGACAGAGAAAGUCCGCUGCAUCUGGAAGGUGGACUUUAUUAUAGUCUAGACGAGAUGGAAGCAUUAAAAAAAGAAAAUAUUUCUUUAAAAAAAAGAUUGACGAAAACAAAAAGAGCACUUGAAGAUACAUUUGAACAUUUAUCAGCAUCAAAUAAAAAUAAAAAAAAUGUUGAAAAAGCUAUUACAAAACAAUUAUCAAUUACAAAAAGUAUUCUUAAAAAAACGAGAACAUACGAAGAGCCACUUGAUAAUUAACUUACAAAAAAAAAAAAAAAACAAACAAUGAAUAUUUAAAUUUAAACAAAAAAAUAAAUGACCAUGAUAUUUGACAAUAUUUUAAUUUGUGACCGAAUUAGCCAAUCAAUGUGUUGUUAUCUUUUUGUACUAUCGUCUUUAUACGGUUCAAUAUAUUUUGAUCCGACC